CGGCCAGGCUCGUGUUCGCCGCCGAGUCCACCAGCGUCGUGGCCGCGGCGGCCGCGACCACCGAGGACGACGAGGAGGACGCGUCCACGGCGGCGAUCGGCUUCGCCACGACGACGACCCCCGGGGAGGUGGCCAACACCAUCAAGAACACAGUGCUCAAGAUAGUGCUUUACACCCUCCUGGCGGUCAAGGUCAACACGAUCUUGUUCGUGGCCUGGUGGCUCCUCAAAAGGAUACUGGCGCACCGCACCUCGACGACGCCGCGCCCCAGUUAAAUUCAAACCCCUUCCGCGUCUUUCAUCUUUGCCGUCACCUGUUUCAGAAUACAUCCUAUAGACCACUUUUUCUCCUUCAUUUCGUUUUCUCGUUUUGUUCAUGUUUCUCUUGGCCUCUGGACCGUUGCGCGCGCACGUUUGAAUCAAGUCGAGUUGGCGCGCCCGGUGCCCGGUUCGAUACAUCGAGUCUAGUUCGAGAGGCGGACAGAGUCGAUCGACGAUCGAUCAAAGUGCAAGUGCAGACGGUAUUUUGGUUUAGGAGGAGAUAUUUAUGUCGUUCAAGGUGUAUUUUGUGACACGGUUUUUAGGACUUUCACGGACAUUUCGCUGCCUGAAAGAGUUUCGGAUUGACACUCGUUAUCCGGUAACUUCGGAGAGCUACUCACCAUGAGUCCAGAUGCGGCAGAAUGUCUGAAGACGGUCAAGUAAUGCCAUUCUCCGGAGACUGGAAAGUUUGUUGUCACCAUUCUUUGGUGAUGUUUAGAGUCCUGAAUACACUACCCUGGUGAAAUAAGGAUCGUCUGAGUUGUCUCAGAAUGGACGUGGCUACAAGAAUGUGACUAAGUCUCCUAUCGCUGGAGCAUUUUUGUUUGAAUUUUUGGUUGUCCCAGCUGGCCCUGAUUCCCUGAUCUGCUACCAUGUCACAAAACCAGGUCUCAGGUUCAUACUUUGCGAACAUGGAACGAAACCCUCCAAGUUAUGGUCCACAUUCCUCCUGGCAUCCUUCCGUUGCGUGGGUACCAGAUGCAAGUGGUUCCUUUGAUAAAGGUCAACACAUGUACAUGGACAGGCACCUCCUUGGAUCUGUUCCUCACACAGUUCCCCAUCAUUUUAAUACUGCAACCGACACAACAGGGAUACAUGCAAGAUUUGACCCUCAUAGAAGAGAUGGAAGUCAUACAGAAAAUAUCACAGCUCCUCAACCUAAUCCAACGAUUGAUAUUAGAAGAAACCAAAACAUGCUCAUGAAUGAAUCUAGCUGGCAAUCAAGAGCAUCACAAGAGGAUACAACAAUCAGAAAGAAAACAGUUAAAAAGAAAGCAUCACCAAAAAAGAAAGGUAAUUCACCACAGAAAUCAGCUGCUCUAAGCAGUGCUGGGAAUGCAGGUGAUAAAGCUGCUGGACCAAACCAGAACCAAAAUCAGAAAAAUGGUACUGCUGCUGAUGGUUGGCAAGGCUUCCUAACUGGAUUAAGAAAUGGGGACUAUCGGUCAUCUGAACCGUUUCGGCAUCACAUGGAUCCUGAUGCCCCCUUACUCCUGCCAGAGGAUUAUGGAAAAUCCGACGAUGAAAGUACAUCCCAGUCAGAAAAGGCUCCGAAGCAACCUAAAAAGUCACGAGUAUUAGAAGCAAAGGAAGCGUUGAAUAAAGGCCGAGAGCACAUCAAUGCUAAAGGCAAACUAGUUCGUGCUCGUAGAAUGGGUGAGGGUUGUGCAUCAAAGGGCUGCCGGUUUAAAUGUGAAGAACGAAUAAGCAAUGUGGCUCGUACUAAUAUUUUUAAUUAUUUCUGGAAUCUUGGUAACCACCAACUUCAGUGGCUUUUUAUAGCAAUGCAUACAAGUGUGAGAGCGCCUAAACAUCGUACACAAGAUCCAGUUAGAUCAAGAAGAAAAACCUCACGUUCUUACUUUUUCCGGCAAGGCACAGAAAAGAUUCCUGUUUGCAAAACAAUGUUCCUUCAAACCCUAGAUGUUUCUGAUUCAUGGGUAGAUACAGCAAUAUCCAAAGCAGCUGAUGGUGUGGUGGUGGCACCAGACUGCAGAGGGAAGCAUGGCAAAGGAGUACGAAAAGAUGUAGAGGAGGGAGGAGAACCUAAGAAAAGAAAAAGGAAGAAGAAAUCAAAAGAUGGCCAGCCUGGUGAUGGUGCAGAUAAAAGCAAAUCAGUAUCAAAAGAUGGAAACAAUCCACAAAUGGGUGCACCUGAUGUGAAUGAUAAUGCUAAAGGAAAUACAUACAUGACCCACGGUCCUGGAAUGGAUGUAGGUAACGUCUGUGGUCCCUACGCCAACAUGGCUAUGGAUUGUUCUGCGAAUGCCAUGACAGGUGGAGUGCUUCCACACAACAUGCACCCCUCCAACGUGCUCACCAGCCACAACCCGCUCCUCAACAUCCCUUCCUACGGCGGCGCCCCCAACGUGCACGGCCCCGGCACCUUCCCGUCAACCGCCUUCCCCGGCCACCCCGUCCCCGUCUCCGCGGUGGAGCCAGCGCCCACGCCCCAGGAACCGCGGGAGCCUCCGCCGCCGCCGCCGCCGCCGCCGCCGCAGCCCAAGAAGCGCAAGCGCGCGGACACGAGCGCCGUGCUGGCCGCGGCCGCCACGGGGCUGGGCAUCGGCGUGGGCGGGCUGCUCGGAGCCGUGUCCGUGCCGCCCGAGUUCCACCACCACCUCAACUCGGGCACCCUGGGGCUCAAGGACCUGCCCAACGGCGCCGUCAUCACCACGGGCAACGGGCGGCGCGCGGGCGGCGCCGUCACCAAGCCCACGCCGCCGACGCCGCCCCUGUCCGCCGCCGCGCUGGCCCGCAAGGAGAAGCGGGACCGCGAGCCCGCGCGGUGGCGCGCCAACCAGGCCAAGGAGGCCCUCAACAAGGGCAAGGAGCACGUGAACCUGCGCGGCAAGCUGGUGCGGGCGCGGCGCAUGGGCGAGGGCUGCGGGGAGACGUGCAGGUUCAAGUGCAAGGAGCGCAUCGACGUGGCGGAGCGUGAGACCAUCUUCAGCCACUUCUGGAGCCUGGGCGACCACCGGCUGCAGUGGCUGUACAUCUCGCGGCUGACGCGCGUCCGCGCGCCCAAGAAGCGCACGCGGCGCCAGGACCCCGAGCUGUCGCGCCGCAAGACGUCGCGCUCGUACUUCUUCAACGUGGCGCGCACGGACGAGCCUCCCGCGACGGGCAGGCACCGCGGCGGCCACGUGUUCGAGGUGCCCGUCUGCAAGACCAUGUUCCUGCAGACGCUCGACGUGUCCGACUCGUGGGUCGAGUCCGCCAUCGCCAAGGUGCACCUGGCCUCGAGCGACGACGGCGGCGUCAUCGCGGACCAGCGCGGCCGCCACCGCAAGGUGCGGCGACGCAUCCCCGAGCAGGUGGUGGACAGCGUGCGCCAGCACACCAGCAUGUUCCCCCGCUCCGGCGUGCCUCCUAACGGCAAGGGCUUCCAGCGCAAGUGUCUCGCCGACGGCCACCCCGUCGCCAAGAUGCACCGCAUGUACCUGGACUGGAUGCAGCAACAGCAGCAGCAGCAGCAGCAGCAGCAACAGCAGCAGCAGCAACAACAGCAACAGCAGCAGCAGCAACAGCAGCAGCAACAGCAGCAACAGCAGCAACAGCAGCAACCGCAGCAACAGCAACAGAGCACGCCGCCUCCGAAGCUGGCCACCCUGCGGCAGUACAGGGACAUCCUGGCGGCGCAGCUCCGCGCCGAGUUCAAGAUCCCCAAGGACGAGGAGGCGGGCGGCGCGGUGUACGAGGGCGGCUACGAGGACGAGAUGGACGACGCCGACCUGAGCGGCGCCCGGGACCCCCUGGGCGACGGACCCGGCGACGAGGACGACGAUGACAUGGAGUUCGCCGAGAUCCCGCUGCCGCCCAAGUGCGAACUGGUGGAACGAGCUACCUGGUGAGGAGCAAACUGGCUGUCUCUGUCUGUGUUGAAUUUUUUGUAUUAUUAUUUCUUAAUUUUAUUUUAUUGUUGUGACUGAUUAUGUGUUGACAUUAAGUGUGCCAACGAUUUAUUACUUUACCAGCGUUAUGUUUAAGGUAUACUUUGCUGGGAUGUUCUGUCUUAAAGGCUAACAUUGAUAGGAUGUUUAGGCGACUAAGUGGCUUUUCAGUAGUUUGAUCUCGUGGAACAGGUUAGUUGAGUGAUUCCCUCCUUCCAAAUUGUGUUUUCCCUUGUCUGUUAUAUAUGUCUAGACUAGUCACAAAGUGUUGCCCAGAUUUCCUUUCCCCAAUUUGCAUUCAUCUUAAAAUAGUAGAUCAACAUUAUUUUAAUCAUUCAAAUUGAUACCUUUGUGGAAUAGCUCAAACAAUGAUGGAUCGCCUUGAUGUUGAUGUCGUUUAGUCCCUGAUUUUGAUCAGAUUUUAUGCUUGUUAUUUAAAGUUGUCUAUAUAUUUUGUUUGUAAAAAGAAAAUGGAAAAAAAAUUAACAGCAUGGGGUUUGUGCAACAAGGAACUAAGUUGAACGUUUCGUUCAAUAGCGAUCAGUAACUUGUAAGUGAAUGUAAUGCAAAGAGUUUAUUUCGUUUACUGCAUGUAAUGUAGUUACAUUCCACUCAUACUGCUCCUCUAAGGAGUGCAGCCAUUUUUUUUUCUUUAUUAGAAGACUUGUGAUAGGAGGUUUUGUAUAAAAAUAUGUCCUCACUGUCAAGUGUAGUAUAUUCAUUGAAGCAGUGGACUGUAGCCCAUUGCAACGCACACAAAGGAAAGGUCAAGAUUAAAUUUUUGAAACAUAAAA